AAAGCUUCGCGAUGAUGUAAUGGCGCGACCUGUCGAAACAGAGGCAAGCUGCGAAAAAUGGCUGCCUUUUAUCGAUACUCUUGCUUAUGGCACGGUUGUGGUAAGCAGUGCACUUCCUUGUUAGAUCUAAUCGACCAUAUCGAAGUCGUCCAUAUCGAGAAAGAUCCAAGAGUUCUCGAGAAACAAGAGGCUGCCCAGCCACCGGCGCUACCUUUAUCGUAUAUCAAUUGCUUCUUCACCGAUGCAGCACGCAAUGCUAAACAGAAGGACCCUGUUUUGUCCGCCACGGAAUCAGCCACGCCAAGCCCAGAACACAAUGUUUUAAAAAAGAAGCGGGUAACCCCUCCUAAAAUAUCUAUUCCGACAUUGAAUACACCAGAUACGCUUGAUGGGGGAGAGGAAGAUGGCAAUAUGAGUGACAAUAGCGACGAUUCUUGGACUUCUGAUAGUUUUGCCAGCGACCUGGUAUUGAACGCCGUGGCAACGGAUGAUGGCGAAGGCAAGCGAUAUAUUUGCCCAGUUCCUGGGUGCGGAAAACGAUACAAGAAUGUCAACGGAAUAAAAUACCAUGCCAAGUAUGGUCACAGAAAAGACUCGAGCAGGCCGAAGCUGAAAGCUUUUAAAUGCCAUUGUGGGAAAAGCUACAAAAGCCCAAGUGGCCUUCGACACCACGUAGCAACGCAACAUCCGACCGGGCCAAAGCAUUCUUUACCACAGGAACUUGAAAAUAUGGCGUGAAAAUAAGGAAGUUGUGUGAAAAAAUUGUGGUGGCGAAAGUUGACAUAUUUCGUGAACAUUUCUUUUCCCACUGGGACUCACCGUCGUCUUCAAGACACGAAACAGCUGUCGCCUUAAAUGGGUUACAUCCUUUAUUCAUCAUUUUUUUUAGUAUUAUUGAUGAGACUUUCCAGCCGUACUGAUCAAUUCCUCAUCGAAGAAAAGAGAAACCAGCGGAUUUUAGCUUUCGAGUCACGAUCCUUAGGGAAUAUGCGGUGAGAAAGGGGUAAUCAGAUUUCAAAUAGUUCGAUCACUUGACUCGUUAAUGAUUUCCUUCGUCGCUUCUUUGGUUGGACAGCGCAUUUCCCUUUUGUCUGAUCAGAGCAUUCAUCAGACUCUAAAACUGAAGAUGGAGAACUUGACCGUGUUUCGCGGCAUUCGCCAAAAAGAGGAAAGAAACUGACAAGGUAUUCGCUAAGUUAUUGUUUUAGGUUGGUUUAGAUUCUCGGUGAAAUGUACACGGGUGACACGAAAUGGUUGACGGUGACAUUCGUUUAGUUUUCGUGUUCUUCCGGAGUUAUUUCCACUAGAUUAAUUAAGUCUCUACGCCGUACAAAGUCAGUGGAAUCUCUUACCAUUAAAGAUAUAGUUUUAUUUAUGAAAAAAUGUUAAUUAUUGUACAGUUUCGACAUCAUGCCCAGAUUGUAAUUAGAUUGAAACAGACACUGGUUUUAAACGCGUGAUGGUUUUUUUCAGCUCCCUUUCACUUGGAUGUCGUUCCAUUUAGAGAUUGUAUAUAGAUUAACUUAUACUGUGAACACAAAGUUUUAAAUGGAUCCCUAAUAUAAUAAAAGACAAGUAAAUAAUUUAUUAAUUAUAAUGGAAUGUUUGGUGGAUGUCUCGUUUUUCUUUUAUGUAUAGUGUUUCAUCUCAGUAAUAUUACUUUGCUCUUAAUUAACCUCUUGUCAAACAAAAUAUUGAAGUAAUGGAAAUGUCUACUUUAGAUGAGUUGAUAACCCUUUUAAUCUUUAACACCCAAACAUUAAUGUUAAAAUUCUCCUCACUGUUCUCUUUACAUUUCUUGUGGUAUUGAAAAGGAGAAUUUGUUUGACAAUCAAGAGCUUCUAAAUUUGGGAUCAUUUCCUUUAUUCUCAUAACCUUUAAAUUUGAUUUAAGGGUGAAACUGUAAGGAGAAAAUAGAUGCCAGUCACUCUUAGGGAGUUAAAGGAUUAAAGGAACUUGCUUAGGGACUUAUUUUGGAGACUGAAAAUGAGUCUUCUAGAUGAAAAUUUGUGGAUUCUAUGCCUCUAGGAGGGCUCAUCAUUAAGAGAUUUGUAAUUAAAGUAGAACUGACUUAAAUCAAAUUGGGUCUGUGGUCAUAUGAGCAUUGAAAUAAAUUGCAUCAAAAUGGGA